AUGCACGAAUUGGUCGUCUCACACAUGAUACAUGGUCCUUGUGGUAGCUUAAACUCUGAUUGUCCUUGUAAGAAUAAUGAGCAAAAUAAAUGUCGUUUUAGAUACCCUCGACAAUUCAAUGAGAAAACGUUACAAGGAAAGGAUUCAUAUCCUGUGUACCGAAGAAGAGAUAAUGGUAUAGAGGUGGACAUACGAGGCAAUAAGAUGGAUAACAGGUGGGUUGUCCCAUAUAACCCAAAGUUGUUAAUGAUGUUUAACUUCCAUGUGAAUGUUGAGGUAUGCUCGAGUAUAACCUCCGUGAAAUAUGUGUUUAAGUAUAUUUACAAGGGUCAUGACAAACAAGUUAUCAAUAUUGAUCCGGAUGGACAACCAAUUUAUAUCAAUGAGAUAAAACGGUAUCAAGAUGCACGAUAUGUCUCACCUCCUGAGGCAAUAUGGAUGAUUUUUAGCUUCCCCCUUUCUCAGAUAUACCCUUGUGUGAUGGCUUUGCAGGUUCAUCUCCCAAAUCAACAGAUGGUUAGGUUCAAGGCAUCUUUGUUUCAAUUUCCCAAUGCUCUUAGAAGGCUGCUUGCGACGAUAUUGAGUUUUUGUGAGCCAGGAGAUGUUCGUAGGUUAUGGCAUGACUACUACAAUGGUAUUUCAGAAGAUUAUAGGCGACAAUACGGAAGUGUUGAGAGAGUCCAGAAUAUGGUCCUCACUGAAAUCAUGGUAUUCCUACAAUCUAUGGGUGACCGUAUUGAUGAUUUUGAUCUUCCAAAAAUAAAUCAAAAUGUUGAUUUAGAAUUUGGAGUUUUUUGUGAGGUACAAGAAGAGUGCUCUAUUGUUUUAGAACCUGAACAUUUACAAGCCCGAGAUUCUCUCAAUCCCGAACAAAAGUUUGUGUAUGAUGAGAUCAUGCGGCAUGUCCAUAAUGAUAUUCCAGGAGUGUUCUUCAUAGACGGUCCUGGUGGAACAGAAAAAACAUUUUUGUACAAAGCUUUAGUUGCUAAUAUUCGUUCGUGUGGUCAUAUUGCACUCGUGAUUUCUUCAUCGGGUGUUGCGGCUAAUAACAUGCUCGGGGGAAGAACAGCUCACUCUCGCUUUACGAUUCCUAUCAAUCUUGAAAAUAACUCGGUCUGCAAGAUUUCAAGACAAAGUGGUACUGCACAACUACUUUAG